AUGGUGCCAACAGCACCCACAACAGGGCUGAUGGCAGAGAUGGCGCUGCAGGCGCCGGCGAUGGCGGCCGAAGCAGAAAGGAGUUGGGAUGGCAAUUGGGAUCCUAGCUGGGAUGGCAACUGGGAUCCUGGCUUCCAGGGCAUGAUGCCGAUGCCAGCAGUUCCACAGUAUCCUUCGUUUGUGUCCGGAGGGGGUACCAGCUCUUCGACGAUGUGCAAGUUUUAUGCGCAGAACCGUUGCUUGAAGGGCGACCUGUGCCCCUUUCAGCACGGCCCACCGCUGGAGCUUCCCAGCUGCACCGGCACGGAGCUGCCCGCGGCCUUCCAGGCCUUACGAGUACUGGCUCCUCAGCAGCCUGGGGGACCGCCGCCCGUGGCCUCCUUGCCUCAACUUCCACGUGGCGGAUCACAAGGCCCGCCCUUGCCACAGAUGCCAGUCAACGCGGCUGCGAGCCUCCCCACACUGGCCCCGGUGCUGCCCACAGCGCCAACUGAGCCCGCGCUCGCGACGCCCAGCGCGUUGCCCGCCCCUACGGCACAGCCGGUGUCCAUGGCGCCCGUGACGUCCACACCCAGCGCCACUGCGCAGCCGCCUGAAGCGCCCACUACGCAGCCGACAGCGCCAGUGGCAACAAAAGCACCCAAGCUUUGCAAGCUCUAUGAUAUGGGCGGCUGCACAAAAGGUGCGGAUUGCCCCAACUGCCAUGGGCAAGAGGAGCUGGACGCCGUGCAAAGGGCACUUGGGCAAACCCCCGAGGCAGCAUAG